ACUGUCGUGAGUGGCCAGGCCACCUCUAGCGAAAACAACGCAUACACGUGCACGUGACGAAAAUGAGUAAAAAAGCGCAUUCCGUUAAAGUUCCCACCCAAUACCGGGCGACUGCCAAGAUCCUGAAGACGGCGCUGCAGCAGAAGAAGUCCAUCAAGGCCCUGAUAUCCGAGGAGAAGCAUGCACGUGUUGGCAGUUUGCAGGCGGUGCUAAAACGUUACAGCGAUAAUCGCGUUGCCGUGGAAAAGGCCAUCGAGGAAUCGGGACUGCUCAAGGAUAACCCCGGUCUGGAGCCCUGUUUGGCCAAGGUUUUGGUCACCGAACUAAUCUUCGGCCGGAAGCAGCUGAACGGCGAAAGCAGACCCGUGCAAACGGUGCGAAGUUACCAGGAGAAACUACAGGCGGCAGUCGGUGAUUCCGAAUUCCAGGGAAAAGCACGCAUUCCCCGCUAUGUGCGCAUCAACACGAAUCUGUUCAGUUUGGCGGAGGCCUGGUAUCUGGCUGGCGAGGAGUGGCGUCGCAAGGAACUCCCGGCGGACGCAAGCUACGACGAUUUCCUGGCCGCCGUAACCCUAGAGGAAGACGAAUUCAUGACGGUACAUGUGGAAGGCGUGCUCGUCUUCCAUUCCAAGCAAGGGAGCUAUUGGACCCGCCAUGAGUUGGUGCGCAGCAAGAAGUUUAUACUGCAGAAUAGCACAUGUUUGGCCGCCGAGCUACUGGCUCCGCGUGGAGCAACUGUGCUGGACAUGUGCGCAGCUCCGGGCAUGAAAACAAUGCACUUGUGCAACGUGAUGCAGAACAAGGGAGUCAUCUACGCCGUGGAGCAGUCCGCCGAACGCUACAGUGCCCUGUGCGACAUAACCGAGCAGGCUGGCUGCGAGAUUGUGUCCCCCAUUAUGGGCGACGUGCUGAGAUUCUUACCCGAGAGGUUUCCGGGCGUAGAGUACAUCCUGGUGGACCCCAGUUGCACUGGCAGCGGAAUGCAGAGCCGCAUCACCGUGGCCGACGAACCAAAGGACGACAGGCGGCUGUACCAGUUAGCUGGCUUGCAGAUCAAGAUCCUGUCGCACGCAAUGAGCGCCUUUCCGAACGUUAAACGGAUCGCCUACUGCACUUGUUCGCUGUACAAGGAGGAGAAUGAACAGGUGGUGGAGCGCUGCCUACAGUUCAAUCCAUCCUUCAAGCUGCUCAGCUGCAAGAAGGCGCUGCGCAACAAGUGGAACAAUGUGGGCGACAAGGCAUACGCCAAGAUAGGCAAAAACUGCCUAUACUCUCUUCCGGACAGCGAUCUUACCGACGGCAUCUUCCUGGCCCUUUCGAAAACGCCCCGAGGGAGACGGAAGCUAGAUACAAAACCAGAAAAUGAAAUGUACGCUUAGAAUGUAAACUAAACCUUUAUUUGGCCAGUGCCAUUGAAUUUUUUCAACUUCAGUUAUGUACAUCUUUA